AUGGCCGCCUCAGUCCUCAGCACCAAGUCCGGCGUCAUCUACGGCGACGACGUCAAGAACCUGUUCAAGUACGCGCAGGAGAAGAAGUUUGCCAUUCCUGCCAUCAACGUCACAUCCUCCAGCACCGUCGUUGCUUCUCUCGAGGCCGCUCGUGAUGCCAAGUCCCCCAUCAUCCUGCAGAUGAGCCAGGGAGGUGCUGCUUACUUCAGCGGAAAGGCCGUGGACAACAAGGACCAAAAGGCCUCAAUCAACGGUGCCGUUGCCGCUGCACACUACAUUCGCGCCGUUGCUCCUCAGUACGGCAUCCCCGUCGUCCUCCACACCGACCACUGCGCAAAGAAGCUCCUGCCAUGGUUGGACGGCAUGCUCGACGCCGAUGAGGAAUUCUUCAAGAAGAACGGCACUCCCCUCUUCUCCAGCCACAUGAUCGAUUUGUCCGAGGAGACUGUCGAGGAGAACCUCAACACCACCGCUGCCUACCUCAAGCGUGCCKCACCAAUGAAGCAGUUCCUCGAGAUGGAAAUURGUAUCACCGGUGGUGAGGAGGAUGGUGUGGACAACAGCGAUGUCGACAACAACUCCCUCUACACCCAGCCCGAGGACAUUCACAACAUCUACAAGACUCUCUCCCCAAUCUCCCCAUACUUCUCCAUUGCCGCCGGUUUCGGCAACGUUCACGGAGUCUACAAGCCCGGUAACGUCAAGCUCCGCCCAGAGCUCCUCCAGAAGCACCAGAACUACGUCAAGGAGCAGGAGAAGACCAAGGACGACAAGCCAGUCUUCCUCGUCUUCCACGGUGGCUCCGGCUCCAGCGUCGAGGACUUCCAGGAGGCCAUCUCCUACGGUGUCGUCAAGGUCAACCUCGACACUGACCUCCAGUACGCUUACACUGAGGGUAUCCGUGACUACAUGAUCAACAAGAAGGACUACCUCAGCUCGCAGGUUGGCAACCCAGAUGGUGAGGACAAGCCAAACAAGAAGUACUACGACCCAAGAGUGUGGGUGCGUGAGGGUGAGAAGACGAUGAGCAAGCGUGUCGCCGUUGCCCUCAAGGACUUCAACACUGCCAACCAGUUGUAA